CAUCGCGUUCCGUCAACGUUUGUAUUUAAGUGCUGGCCUUACUCAUCACCAACCAACAUAUAUUCAUAACAUAAUUACCAUAACAAAACAAAAUACACGUACCAUUGGCAAAGACGAAUCUAUACCGGAGGAUUUUGAUGACUUCAUAAAAAAGGCUACCCUCAGCAAGCAAAAAUGUCAUCAAAAACCAUUAACUACAUGGCAAUGGGUAUUAUAGAGCCCAAAGGUCGAAUGCAGAAUCUGGUUAGCUAUGGGAAUGUGAUUGAGGUGGAUCCCAAACAGCCAAUAAAUCGUUACUAUCGGUCUGGCACUGAAAUGUUACGCAUGGCUCAAGUCUAUUUGAGUGAAGAAAAUCAUGAAAAUGCCUUUAUUUUGUACAUGAAAUAUUUGACAUUAUUUGUGGAGAAAAUUCGCACACAUCCCGACUAUGCCAGCAUCAAGACGGAAAUGAAAGCCAUAAAUAAACGCAUCAAGGACGAGGUAAUGCCCACCUCAGAAAAGUUGCGGGUUAAAUUGUUGGACCGCUAUCAGCGAGAAUAUGAACUGUUCCUGGCGAACAAGGAGGCAGAGAGGGCACGUGAAUUGGAGCGCGAAAAAGCAAGGCGAGCCCGAGAAGCAGCUUCCAAUAAUUCCACCAAAGGUUCUACUAUCAUACCUGCUAAUUUGCAUGUUCAAAUUGAUCCGGAUAAUCAGCCAUCAGCUCCGGAUUUGGGUUUACUCGAUCAGGUGGUGUAUCCCAAUGAUUUUCCCACAGGUGGCGGACAGCGUAGUAAUUUGCUAUUGCCGAGCGACAGUUUGGAUAGAGAGGAUAAAAGAAAUAAUAUACCUUCAAAACCUUCAUUUGAUCGCUCACAAAAACCACAAUACGAUCGUUCCGAUUCCUUGCUGGCUGGAUCAUUGCGUACCGUGGUCAUACCACAAAAUACUAUGGAUGUUUUCUUGCAAUUGGCCAAGACAAAUACAGCGAAAAAUGUUGAAACUUGUGGCAUAUUGGCUGGUUCUCUGGCCAAAAAUCGUUUGCACAUAACCCACAUUAUAAUACCAAAGCAACAGGGUACACCAGACUCAUGCACCACCAUGAACGAAGAAGAAAUCUUUGAAAUUCAAGAUGAACAAAAUCUUAUAACAUUGGGAUGGAUACAUACCCAUCCCAGUCAAACAGCAUUUUUAUCAUCUGUGGAUUUGCAUACCCAUUGUUCAUACCAAAUUAUGAUGCCGGAAGCAAUUGCCAUUGUUUGUGCACCAAAAUAUCAAACUACUGGUUUCUUUAUACUUACCCCAAACUAUGGUCUGAAUUACAUCGCUGAAUGUCGGCAAUCUGGAUUUCAUCCGCAUCCAAAUGAUCCACCACUAUUCAUGGAAGCCCAACACAUUCAAAUGGAUGCUGGCCAAAAGAUAAAAGUGGUCGAUUUGCGUAGAUAGUUUCAGGAAUUUUAUGUGUGAAAAGGAACUGCAAUACAAAGAACACAUGCAACCACGAAAAAAACAAACAGGAGUCGAAGGAAAACUUUUUUUGUAAAUCUCAAAAUCCAUGAAACGAAUUUAAAUUGAGUAAAAUAAAUUUGGUGAAUUUAUGGUUAA